GCUAGAGCUCACUGCGUAGUGCGUCUCCCAGCGCCGCAGUCCCCUAGUUGUCAAACAAAACUUCAGAGUUGGCGCAGCUUUACCAUCUUACAGGCUAUAGUAGACAUCGAUCACAAAUAAUUUGCAGUGUCUUUUUUUCUUAGAACUGUUCAUUCGUCUGCUGUCUACGAUGUCUUCUAACGGUACCACCAGUAUAGGCCUAAACUGCCCUAUUCCCAGUCGCUUUGAGCAGUCAAAAGACUGGUCUCAGCUGCCCGACUCCUACAGUCAGACGCCUGGAGGCACCCUGUUCUCCACGACACCUGGAGGAACCAGGAUAAUCUAUGACAGAAAGUUCCUGCUGGAAUGUCGGAAUUCACCGAUSACACGUACCCCUCCGUGCUGUCUCCCCCAUAUCCCAGGGGUCACGGCGCCGGCCCUGCACCCUCUGGGCAAGUUGAAGGAAAUGGACGAGAACAAAGACAUCCCAGCUGACGAUGCCCAGUUUGUGAUUGACAUCUGAAGCAACUCAUCCAGACCCAUUCUGUUGGAGAAAUUGUAUCCUGUUCAGACCACUGGGUGGUCGCUCUACUGGUCACACUCACUUUAGAUUCCCUCCUGUCUAAUCCUGGAGGAUGAUUUGGGAAGAGUGGAUGCAGUCAGUCUGUUAACUGCUUUUCAUCUUGAUGUAACCUUUUCUUUUUGUACACUUGGUACUUUCUGUUUUUACAGGAUUAAUGAAUUUAUCAUUUUGAGUUUUAUUAAAUGGCAARGAAUAUUGUCAAGUUGCAUUUUUAUAUGUGGUCUGGGGGUUGGCAGCUGAUUACAAGGGUAUUCAGAGAUUACUUCAAUUAAUCUCUGGGCUCUUUGAGAGUGUGCUGUUCUGCAAAGAAAAUAAAUGAAAUUAAAAAAGUUA